AUGUCAUCUUACCUUGUUGCCUUCGCAGUUGGAGAACUCGAGUACAUUAGUACAAAAACCAAUAGUGGAGUUGAGAUGCGUGUGUACACUGUUCCUGGCAAGAAAGAACAAGGACAGUACAGUUUGGAUCUCUCCGCCAAGUGCAUUGACUGGUACAAUGAGUGGUUCGAUAUCCCAUAUCCUCUCCCUAAGUGUGACCUUAUCGCGAUUCCCGACUUCUCUAUGGGAGCAAUGGAGAACUGGGGUCUUGUCACUUAUCGUGAGAUCGCACUUCUUGUUGAUCCGGGAGUUACAUCUACUCGCCAGAAAUCCCGAGUUGCUCUUGUGGUUGCCCACGAAUUAGCACAUCUGUGGUUUGGUAACCUAGUGACCAUGAAAUGGUGGACUGACCUUUGGUUAAAGGAAGGAUUUGCUUCAUUCAUGGAAUACAUGUUUGUCGGAGCUAACUGUCCAAAUAAAAACAAUCGAGAUUGUUUACAAGUUCAAUUUGACCCAUUCGCCUGGAGCCACUCCCUCGACGACGAACUCCUGUUGUUUCUCCUUCAACAGGAAUCUCGCCUUAACAUCACUUGGAGCACUGCCAACAGAAACUGUAAUCGGCACUUGCCAGAGACUGUUCUUCGGGUCCUCGCCUCCGUCCGAGAUGAAUCUCCGUUGUUCAACUGUCAGAACACGAUUAUUUCCAUCCUGUCGUUGCGAACAGUGUACACACGCAUCUCAACUCCACUAUUGGUUUUUGUACUAAUGUACUCGAGUUCUCCAACUGCGAAGGCAACAAGGUGGAAAAGAAGAAGAGGAAAGAGAAGAAGAAGGAAAAGAAAAGAGAAAGAAGAAGAGAAAGAAGAAGAGAAAGAAGAAGAGAAAGAAGAAGAGAAGAAAGAAGAGAAAGAAGAGAAAGAAGAAGAGAUGGAAAAAGAGAAAGAAGAAGAGAAGGAAGAAGAGAAAGACGAAGAGAAGAAAGAAGAGAAAGAAGAAGAGAAGGAAGAAGAAAAGAAGAAAAGAAGGAAGAAGAGAAAGGAGAGAGAAGAGAAAGAGAAGAAAACGAAGAGAAAGAAGAAGAGAAGGAUGAAGAGAAAGAAGAAGAGAAGGAUGAAGAGAAAGAAGAAGAGAAGGAUGAAUAGAAUGAAGAAGAAGAGUAGGAAAGAAGAAGAAGAAGAAGAAGAAAGUGGAAAGAAGAAGGAACAAAAGAGUGAAGUAGCCGAGCAGAAAGCGAAACCGAGAACACCAGGAAAUGAGAAAAAAGAGAAUGAUAUGAUGCAGAUGUCUAUGUUUCAUUCAAAGGUGAAUCGGACAUCGGAUGCUCAUCACAAAGAAUGGUUACAGAAGAAAGAAAAAGAGAUAAAAGAGAAAAAAGCAAAAGAAAAAGCGAUGGCAGAACAGAAGGAGGCAGAAGAGAAAGAACGACGAGAAAACUCGAAAUUAUAUCAGAGAUGGGUUCAGGGCCACGAUGAGAAAAUGAAAGCGAUGAAAAAAGCGAAACUUCAGAAGGAAAAAGAGAAAUUGGAAAAAGAGAAAUCGUCGAAAGAUCAGAAAUUGAAAGAAGCGGAUAAGAACUAUGAAAUGUGGAAGCGAGAACGAUCAAAAUCGGUGACAGACAUCAAAAAGAAGUUGGAACAAGAGUCAGAAAAGAAACGAAAGGCAGAAGAAGAUGCGAGAAAUGAGAAGAUAAAAGAGGCAAAGACAGCUUUCUUGGCAUGGAAAGCCAAGAAGGAAGAGUUUUUGAGUGAAGAGGCGAGAAAAUUGAGAAAAGAAGAGAAAGAAAAGUUGGAAGAAGAGAAGAAGGAAAUCGAAUUGAAACGGUUGGAAUUGGCGAAUGAAGCAUACGAAACGUGGAUUCAAUUGAAAGAAUCCGAAAGAGAAAUGUUCGCGGAUUGUGUUCUCAUCGAGGCACCGCCCAUCCCGUGGAUUCCACCGAGCAAUUUGGUUCCGAGACAAUUUCUGAGAUCAGCCAACGGGAGCCGCCAACGAACACGCUCUCAAUCAGCCAAAUCCGUUGCUAAACGUUCUCGAAGCCGUCCUGCAACUACCACAUCUUUAAGACCUUUCCGAUAA